AUGGCGGUGGCCCUGGGCCAGCCGGCAACAAUACUGCUCAAGGCGCUGGUCGGCCGGCGGCGGCAACUGCAGCACCGGCCAACGCGGCUCCUUCUGCUCCCGCUUCCGGAGCUGCCUUUCCGGGGAGCUUCUCCGGGGUGCCCGUACCGGGUGCUCCUGGCGGCGGAGCGGCGCAAGCUGGCAAAGGUAAUGUGCAGGGCCCGUUCUCUGUACGGAAUAUGUACGACUGGUGGUCACUUCGACUCGGGUGUCUAUGUGCGGUGCGUGGGCGGAUACUGGACUCAGAUCGGUCUGGUCAUGCGGGACAUGAACCGCGUCCUGGGGGGCCCGCCCUUCCCACCGCCCUCGCCGGCGGCGUCCGUGAUGGCGGGGGUGCCGGCGCCGAAGGCGGCGGCGGCGGCAGCGCCAGGCACCGUUGCUGCGGGCGCUGGCGCAAGUGCAAGCGCCGCAGCGGCACCCUCCCUUGAGGAAUGGGCGACGUCCGGCAAGGUUGCCGCACAGCCCGCCAAGGCGCCGGGGGCGGCGGCUGAGCAGCAGGGCCCGCCGACUCGGUCCCAGGGCCCGUCCCAGACUCCGAAUCCCAGCGACGUCGGAGACGCUGGCGAGUCUGAUCGCCUGCAGGAUGCUGUUGGGCUGUUCUUCUGCGACAACAGUGCGGACCUGUUUUGGUUUUACCUGGAUGACCGGGGGCUCCUUCAGGGUCCCUUCGAGCCCUUCCGCAUGGUCAGCUGGUGCAAGCAGGGCCAUCUGCGACUGGACGUACGGGUGGUGGGCAUUGUACUGCAGGGAGCCGGGCAGUACGACAACGCCCGGGUUACGGAGCAGCUGGGGGCUGCUGGGGUCCGCAACGGUGACCCGUGGUUCAUUCCGCUCGGGGCGCUGCUGGAUGCCGUGGGCUCUCAUCGCAAGUAUCAGCCGCUUCGGAUGGAGGACCUCCGUCGCGGUCGCCCGCCGCCAUCGUGGUCGGGGUUGCUGCCGACCGGGGGAACCGGCCCCGGAGGUGGAGGUGCUGCCGCGGGAGGAGGGGGCGGGGGAGGCCGGGGCGCGCAGCCCCCGCAGGCUCCUCGGCAAGGCGCGCAGCAGGACGUGCGCCUGGAUCACCACGGCUAUGACAGGUUUGACAGGGACAGCCGGGGCAGCGGUCGCCAGCACGACGGCGCCAGGCAGCAGGUCCACCAGGGGCCAGUGGUGGCCGCUAACCGCGACGGCCGCUCCGGCGCGCGUGGCGGCGAUGACCAUAGCAUUCGUACAGGUGGUGGCAGGGAUUCAGGCCGCAACGUUGGUCAAGGGGGCCCUAUGGGUCGCGACGCUGGAGGCGGUGGUGGCGGCGGCGGCGGCGGACGCGACACGGGCCGUGCAGGUGGCGGCACGCAGGGCCGCACGGCGCAGGAAAUUGUGGACGAAGCUCGUGCCGCUAGGCAGCGCCGUAACUUGGAGAGCGGACAUCAACAGCAGCAGCAGCAGCAGGCGGGGCCCUCGACAGCUCCAAGCAGCAGCAAUCGAGGCGAGGGUGGGCCGGGGGGUCGCGGAGCAGCAGCAGCAGCAGCAGCAGCAGGAGGCAGCAAUGCAGGUGUUGGCCGAGGUGGCGGAGCAGCAGGGGGAGAGGAUUCAGGUGUGCAACGCGGUCGGCGUGGUGGCGACAGGGUUCAGGAGGCGCCAGGAGGAGGAGGAGUGGCUGGCGGCGGCGGCGGCGGCCGCGUAGGGCAACAGCCACAGCAGCAGCACAGACAGGGCUCUGCCGAGCCAUCUCGCAAGGACGGUGGCGGCGCUGGGUCUGCAAAGGAGCAGCAGCCGCGAGGUGGAGGUGGCGGCAGCAGUAGCACCGCAAGCGGUGCCCGUACAAACAGUAUUGUACGGCGCGACCGCGGGGGCCCACCUGGCCAGGCCACGGCGACUGGCGGCGCCGGUGCCGCCAGCGUUGCGCCUGCGGCAGCGGCAGCAGCCGCAGCGGCAGCGGUGGCAGCUGCGGCAGCGGCAUCAGAGGCAAGCGCAGCUGCGGGUGGCGGCGGUGCGGGCCGUAGCGGAGGUGGCCGGCGCGGUGAACCAGCCGGCAGCGGCGGCGGCAGUGCUGCAACUGUAUCUGGCGGAGGCGCAAAGGCGGCUGUAUCAGAAAACGCAAAAGCCGCAGUAGCCCGCAUGAUUAGCGGCGGGACCCAAGCACCUGGGCCCAGAGGUGCCUCCAACGCGCCUAAGACUGCCGCCGUCAGCGGCGGAGGUGCUGGCGGGACCGGCGCUUCUGUCGCGCCGACCAAGUCGGGGACACAGCCGUCGCCGCCGCCACCACCGCAACAACAGCAGCAACCUCAACAGCAACAACGACAACAACACCAGCAGCAGCAGCAACAGAAACAGAAAGGCCUUGCCGUUUCCCUCAAGGCAGGCGAUUCAGGAGAUGUGAAGCUGAAGAUCAGCUUGCCCUCCCUGGCUGCUACCGGUGGCGCCGACGGCGCCGCCGCCGCGGUUAAGAAUCUUCCUCCACCGGCUCCAGAGGUUGCUCCUUCUCCUGCAGCUGCUGCAGAUGUCGCACUAGCUGGGUCGGCUGCUGUUGGUGCCCGAGUGGCGAAGACUGACGUGUCAGGAGGAGAAGUCAAGAAGCCAGAGCCGCUGCAGCCGGCGCAGGCUGCGGCGGCGCCGAACCGCCCUCCUGCAGCGCGGCCACCAUCGACGGGUCCGUCAAUGGCCCCGCCAGAGCCCACCAGGGGCCUUGCGCUGUCCCUGCGGACGGACGAGUCUGGAGGUGUUAAGCUCCGCAUCCGUGCAAGCGGCGACUCCGGUGGCGGUGACCGGCACGCACUGGUGGCCCAUCCCCUGGGCAUUACGGAUGGCGACGCCUGA